CAAAUAGUUUAUGAAGAAGCUAAUUCUUUAAACAAAGAUGCUUCUUACGAUGCUUAUGAGUCUCAGGAUUUUAAAAAUAAAAAAAUUAUUGAUGAUUUAUGUAAAUUACAUGAAGAAGAAGUAUUGAAAGGAAAUUCUGACUUGGAAAUCCUUAAUUCAAUAGAACAGUAUUUGGAAAAUAAUCAAUUGAAGCCA